AAAACGGGUGAGUAUGACGUUGCAGAGAGGUUUGCCUCUUCUCUGGCAGCAGUACACGGCUCUAUUCUGGAAAAACCUUCUUCUCUCAUGGCGGAGCAAGCGAGCCAUGUUCCUUCAACUCUUCUCUUCCUUCUUCUUCAUCCUCCUCAUCUUCUGUAUCCAGAAGAUUAUGGAGAAGAGCUUCGAUUCCUCCACUGCCCAUAAGACUGUUACCGAUCCCACGGCUCUGAUCUCGCCGCCUAUCCCGCCUUGCGAGGACAAGUUCUUCGUUAAGCUCCCCUGUUUCGACUUCGUAUGGAGCGGAAACCAUACCAGGCGAGUGAGAGACAUUGUUGACGCUAUUAGAGCCAACAAUCCAGGGAGACCGAUUCCAGUGGAGAAAGUUCGAUCUUUCGCGACUCCAGAUGAUGUAGAUGCGUGGCUCAUGGCGAAUCCCUUGCAAACUCCAGGAGCCUUGCACUUUAAGGAAAGAAACCCUACAGUGAUCAGCUACGGAGUUCAAACAAAUUCAACACCAGAGACGAAACGAGGAAGGUCCGAAGAUCCCACGUUCAAGUUCCAGAUACCUCUUCAAAUUGCUGCUGAGCGCGAAAUCGCUAGGUCCUUAAUAGGAGAUCCAAAGUUUAACUGGGUUUUCGGAUUUAAGGAGUUUCCACACCCGACUAUCGAAGCCCUUGUUGUGUUGGGCAAAAAAGGACCGAGUUUCUUCCUUGCCAUUGCCAUGUUUGGUUUUGUUAUUCAACUCAGUUCUUUGAUCACUGAGAAAGAGCUCAAACUUCGCCAGAGAAAAUAUUAUAUAAAUGUCCUUGAAGAGGAGGCUUUAGUUAAACAAAACUCAUUGGAGGGCUUAGUGGAUCCGAACAUUGCAGUUCAAAUACGUGGUCUUGCAAAGACUUAUCCUGGGACGACGAAGUUUGGAUGCUGCUGCAAAUGCAAGAAAACUUCCCCUUAUCAUGCUCUGAAGGGGUUGUGGAUGAAUAUUGCCAAAGAGCAACUGUUCUGUCUUCUUGGACCCAAUGGCGCAGGGAAAACAACUACUAUUAAUUGUUUGACAGGCAUCAAUCCAGUCACUGGUGGUGAUGCAUUGGUUUAUGGGAACUCUGUAAGAAGCUCUGUUGGUAUGUCCAAUAUCCGUAAAAUGAUAGGAGUUUGUCCUCAGGUGAGCCAUUUUCUUCUUGUUGCUACAACUAUUUUAUGCUUAUUCAUGAAAUUCUCAUUGUUUCCACAGUUUGAUAUACUUUGGGAUGCUUUGUCUGGUGAAGAACAUCUCCGUCUCUUUGCUAGCAUCAAAGGGUUGACACCUGCAUCAAUCAAUCCGAUGGUUGAGAAGUCACUGGCAGAGGUAAAACUGACAGAAGCAGGGAAAAUCAGGGCAGGAAGUUACAGUGGAGGAAUGAAACGCCGACUCAGUGUUGCAGUUUCACUCAUUGGCGAUCCCAAGCUUGUCUUCCUAGACGAGCCGACUACAGGUAUGGACCCGAUCACAAGGAGACAUGUGUGGGAUAUUAUACAAGAAACCAAGAAAGAUCGCGCCAUAAUUCUAACUACACAUUCGAUGGAGGAAGCUGAUAUUUUAAGUGAUCGAAUAGGGAUAAUGGCUAAGGGUAGGCUUCGUUGCAUUGGAACCUCCAUCAGGUUGAAAUCUCGCUUUGGCACAGGUUUCAUUGCUAACAUUAGCUUCGCUGAGAGCAACAACGAAGAAAACAGCAACAAUGGUGAAACUAGUGCUGCGAACUCACACGAGCCAGUAAAGAAGUUCUUUAAACAUCAUCUCAAUGUCAAACCAGUAGAAGAAAACAAGGCCUUCAUGACUUUUGUUAUACCGCAUGAGAAAGAACAUCUUUUGGCUAAAUUUUUCGGUGAGCUGCAAGACAGAGAAACCGAGUUUGGAAUCUCAGACAUCCAACUUGGUCUCGCAACUCUUGAAGAAGUCUUCUUGAACAUAGCAAGAAAAGCUGAACUCGAAAGCGCAGCUCUUGAUGGAACAAUGGUCACUCUUGAACUAACAUCUGGCUCAUCUGUCGAGAUACCAGUUGGGGCAAGAUUUGUUGGUAUACCAGGAACCGAAACUGAGGAGAAUCCGAGGGGAAUAAUGGUUGAAGUGUAUUGGCAACAAGACGAGUCAGGAUCAUUGUGCAUCUCGGGACACUCCUUGGAGAUGCCAGUUCCUGAAAAUGUUCCUGCGACAGAUCCGGUGGCACAAGGACAUGGCAGGGUAAGCUUGUUGGGACGGAGAAGACGGAGACAACAAGUUCAGGGAACUGUGAUUGAUCCCGAGUUUGUUUCCACUGCUUCACGACGUUUUAGUAGAAGCAGUUCCUUUGAUUCUAAACGUUCUUCAUUGUGAAAUAAAAUCCAACACACACAUCUACAGUUCCUAACUUACCGGUCUUGGUAUGUCUGUAUCUUUGUUGUAUUAUUUUAAACACGGAAAAUAAAUCAUAGCCGUGUUCAUUUAAAUUGUUCCUUUUACGCUAUUAUGAUGUAAAUAAACGGGGGAACAUUUAUACUCCCAU